UCGAGACCGCACAACUUUCUUCACAUUGAUUUUCGCGCCCAAAGCACGUCAUUAGCACAAGGAGUAGCAGGGGGCAGCACGCCCAUCAAUAUCAAGAAUCAGCAAUGGAAUCAAACAUAUUUGAACAAAAGUUUGUUGCAGUUGAUAAACUUCGUGUAGAGUUGCUGGAACAUUUAAACAGUAUGGAAACUCAACAUGAAGAGGAAGAAGUUAGCAGCCAGGACGUUUUAACACGCAUUGAAAAGGUGAUUGUUGGAAUAGUGAAGGAACUGUCCACAGGUCAUGCACCAGCUUUUGUCCUUCCAAACAGAUCGAGUUGGGCAAAUGUUAGUUUUGACAGUGCCAUCGGUCUUCAAAUGAGCUGGAGAAGGUCUGUCACCACAGUUCGGAGCGACUGUUCCUCGUCUGUCACUAAAUUUGCACACAUACUCAAAGUUCUGUCAACCAUCUACAAACUUGUACAGAGCAACUCAUACGCUACUAAAAGGGACAUCUAUUACAAUGACACACAGCUGUUUGGUUCACAGAGAAUCGUAGAUUCCAUUGUGGAUGACCUUUCCUGUCUGCUUAGGAUUCCACGCAGGAAACUGCAUGUGCUGGCUACGUCCAAGGGACUCAUCUCAGGCGCCCUGUGUUACCUGGAGGAGGACGGCACCAGGGUGGACUGCAGCUCCAGUUCCACUGCUGUUCCAGUCUCAUCCAAUGUUGGCGGAAUAAGGAACAUUGUGUCAUCAGCUAAGUUUGUGUUGAUCGUGGAGAAGGACGCAACCUUCCAGAGACUGCUGGAUGAUGACCUUUGCUCUAAGCUGUUUCCCUGCAUCAUGAUCACGGGCAAAGGAGUGCCAGAUGUGAACAGCAGGCUGAUGGUGAGAAAAAUUUGGGAUAGCCUGCACAUCCCCAUCUUUGCUUUGGUGGAUGCAGACCCUCAUGGCAUUGAGAUCAUGUGCAUCUACAAGUACGGAUCAGUGGCCAUGUCGUUUGAGGCCCACAGUCUGACCGUCCCCAGCGUGAUGUGGCUAGGCCUCCUCCCCUCUGACCUCCAGAGAUUGAGGGUGCCUGAGGAUGCUCUGAUUCCCCUCACCCAGAGAGAUGAGAACAAACUGAGCAGCCUGCUCAAAAGGCCUUACCUCACCUGCCAACCAGCCUGGCAGAGAGAGAUGGAGUUAAUGCAGCAGAAUAAGGUCAAAGCUGAAAUCCAGUCAUUGGCAUCCAUAGCUCCUGGUUUUCUCCCCCAGGUCUACCUGCCUAACAAGCUGCGCUAUGGAGGAUGGAUAUGACCAAAUACUGCCCUCUUUUGGUGUAAUGUGAUAGUAGAAUGGAUACAGGAAGUCACUUUCGUUUUUGGUUAAAUUAUUUUAUUACUUAAUAGUCAUCUCAUGAAUUGAUUACAUAUUAGUAGGAAUUAAAGCACUUUAUAACAAAACAAUAUGCAUUUAUAUUGUUAUUGGCCAUUGUGCAUAGUCUAAUAGCAUUUGCGAUGACCCGAAAAGCAAGCGGGCAACGCCAGAAAUAGCAAACGUGAAGUCACAUGCAUGUGAAACCAAAUCCUACGUCAUGAUCGGGGUGUUGUAAAACCCUUCUAACAUGGUUGUAAUGCAAAGCUAGUUUCCCAUCACAGACGCUCAUUUCGAAGAACUAAAAGGAGACAGCUAGUUGUUUAUUUCUCCUGUGAAUCACCGGACUCUAAUCCAAGAAAACUUGUUUUAAAUAAUUCAA